CGGCUGCAUUUUUUGACACUGCUCCAUAGACCGUGACAUUUUCACAUGCCGAUAAAAAUGAAAUAAAAUUUAAUAAAAAGAUGUAAUACCUUUUCAAAACAAAUAAGAAAUACAAAUUAAAUAUUCAUUUAUGGUCCAACACAAUUUAUAAAAACCUUUAAAAUCAAUAUUGAUAAAAAGGUUGUGGUGACAUUACAUCAAUCCAAAGAUACAUUCAUAUGAAAUCUAUCUAAAAAAAACUGGACAAAUCACAGUAAAAUAACACGAUGUUACCCACCAAAUUACUCCAAACAUUUCGCCUGGUUCGUCCCGAGAACCUUCUUCAAUUUCUACCAGUUGUCAGUUCCAUUAACACCCAGAGGAACAUCUUUUCAUUUGCCACUUUGCAAUCAAAAGUAUUCCACGACAAUGAAAAUAAUCAUGCCCAUCAAGUUCUGGUAAAUACGAUAAAAAGUUUCCCUAUUUUCCAACCAAUCACAGUAAAUUCUAGCAGCUCUUUAAAGCAAUCCCUUCCGCAAAGUGUCAUAGAUCCUUUAGACUACAUUGGUAACAAUGUCAAUAAUCUUGUUGAAGAUUUCAAAAGUCUGAUGCUAUAUUGUCAUCAAAACGAAGAAUGCGUCUCUAAUGACAAGUUUGACAAAUUCGUCCAACUAUUUUGCACUGAAUGCCACAAGUUCACAGAUGAACAAUUAAUCGAUUGUCUGUCUUAUUUACGCAUUCAUCCUCCUACUGUCUCCACUCGCACUAAGAACUAUUGUGAGAUUUGGAAUGAACUUGAUAAAGUCUGUUUGAAUCGCGUUGAGCGAUGGAGUAUGAAAGAACUCCUACACAUUUCUGAUGCAUGGUAUCAACUUGGUGUUGCCAGGAUAAGUAAAUUCGUUCUGAUUGCUCUGCGAAAAAUCGGACGAAAAGUACCGAAAAUGUCUCGCGACGAAAUGAUUCAUUCGAUGUUUUUCUGCAACAUCGUUCGCAGACCAGUUAUCGAAAUGUUUGACUAUGAAGUGAAUUUCUUCAAACUUAUUGAUGGCAUGAGUAUCGACGAAAUCGGUGUAAUGUCGAUGGGCUUCUUUAAGACACAAACCCCGAUAAGAAAUCCUGAAUUGUUGAAUAAGAUCAUUCAAAGAACGAUGGAAUCAGCAGGAACAAUCAAAGACAUAACCCUUGUUGCAAUAUUAAAGAUUUUACGAUACUCCUCUAAACUCCCUCAAGCUGAUUUGCUGACUGAAUUACUUGACACUCUUGUGCCUCAAAUCGAGAGAAUAUCAUUGCUCAGCUGCUUGCAUGUGGCUUUAUUGGGAAGUGAUAUUCAGACUUGUCAUGAGGAAGUCGUUGAACUCAUCUUAAAAAGAUUCCUGAGGGAAAUGGAUUCGACAAGACUUAAAGACAUGGAGAGAAUAUGCCAUGUAAUAUCAUUGUUCAAUUUCAAAAGCCCUAAUGGCUUGGAGAAAGAACUUUGUGAAAAGAUUAUGGAUAGAGUAAAAGGGAACGUGGAAGAAUGCGUUCGAUAUCCACGUUGUUUUUCAAAUCUUGUCCAUUUUCUGACACUCUGUGGUUUCCACGAUGAAGAGUUGAUCAGUUCUGUACUGGACGUUAAAUUCAUUAAACAUGCCUACGACACAAACAUAAGACUUGGCAGAGAAAUAUUCUGUUUGGAUGCAUUUGUUAAAAUAAACCUUAAAGACACUUACAAAGGUAAUCAACUACCGGAUAAAUAUAGAAAAACAAUGGGACGUUUAAUGACACAUUAUAUACCUGAAAGAAAUCCAAAAUUCAAACUUAGCACAACAGAUAGAAUUUUAUUGGAAAUUAAAGAAGCAACUGAUAGUUUAAUGAGAACGAGUACAUUUAAACAUGUUUUGCCGCAUUUUGAAAGACCCGAUGUGGUGUUAUGUUUUGAUACGAUGAAAAAGAAGGCUAUUCCUAUUUCUCCAGAAUGUCCGGAGAAUUAUCAAGGUGCUAUUUUGACAAGGCAAGAUAUUUUAGGAGAUUUGGCAAAUGAUGCGAAUAUUGUAACUGUUGCCAUAGCUGUUGGAGGAUGGAAUAAUGCAGUGAGAGACAAAAAUAGACCGACUGGAUCGUUUCAGAUGAAAAUAAAGCAAUUGGAAUUGCUUGGACAUAAACCAUGUCUUAUAUAUUGGCAUGAAUGGCGACUGUUGGAGAAUCAUAAGGAUCGUAAAGACUACAUGAAACGAAAAUUAAGCGCUGUAUGCUGCUAACAAUAAAUAAAAAUCACUCUUAUCAACAUUGUAAAAAUAGAAAAAAAACCAUCAACUUUAUUAAAAAAAAUUCAUCUAGUGCCUGCCUUCGAGAA